AUGUCUCUACCGGUUUUACCGUCGAAGCAGAAAGAAAUAUAUAAAUACGAGGCACCAUGGCCUCUGUACAGCAUGAAUUGGUCAGUGCGGCCAGACAAACGAUUUCGUUUGGCUCUCGGGUCGUUCUUGGAAGAAUACAACAACAAAAUCCAAAUUGUCAGUUUGGACGAAGAAACUUCCGAGUUUUCCCCGAAAUCAAGCUUCGAACAUCCCUAUCCUACUACGAAGAUAAUGUGGAUUCCGGAUAAUAAAGGUCUCUAUCCUGAUCUCUUGGCUACUAGUGGAGACUACCUUCGGGUAUGGCGUGCGGGUGAACCUGACACUCGAUUGGAAUGCUUGCUGAAUAAUAAUAAAAACAGUGACUUUUGCGCUCCCUUGACAUCAUUCGACUGGAACGAAGUCGAUCCGAAUCUGCUUGGAACAUCUAGUAUCGAUACUACGUGUACUAUCUGGGGAUUGGAGACAGGUCAACCGCUUGGACAAACUCGUCACGUUAAUGGGCAUGUGAAAACGCAGCUGAUCGCUCAUGACAAAGAAGUCUACGAUAUUGCUUUUUCUCGAGCUGGUGGUGGUCGAGACAUGUUUGCUUCCGUGGGGGCGGACGGAAGCGUCCGAAUGUUUGAUUUACGUCAUCUUGAGCAUUCAACAAUUAUUUAUGAGGAUCCUGGACACACACCUUUGCUUCGUCUGGCUUGGAACAAACAAGACCCUAAUUAUCUCGCAACUAUUGCCAUGGAUGCGUGCGAAGUGGUAAUUUUAGAUGUAAGAGUUCCAUGCACUCCUGUCGCAAGGCUAAGCAAUCAUAGAGCGUGUGUGAAUGGAAUCGCUUGGGCUCCACACUCUCCGUGUCACAUAUGCACAGCUGGUGACGAUCAUCAAGCUCUAAUAUGGGACAUCCAACAGAUGCCAAGGGCGGUGGAAGAUCCAAUUCUGGCUUAUACUGCAGCGGAAGGCGAGAUCAACCAAAUCCAAUGGGGUACUACGCAGCCGGACUGGAUUGCUAUUUGUUACAAUCGAUGCUUGGAAAUAUUGCGAGUUUGA